CCACACCAUUUCAACGCACGCCUUGUUAUCACCCGAAGGUUAUCAUUUAGAAUAGUAUCAGAAAGAUAUAUUCAGGAUUGUCAGGAUAGUCGGGAAUAUUAUCACCGCACGUGACAAAUGCAGUGGUUCAUCCAGGUGCGCACAGCCAGUGGAGACAGUCGAUUGGCGAAGAAGCCGCAGAAAGACUGGCGCGAAACUAUUUUAAGCUUUCCCCAGAAAGAGGUGGUCCCAAUUUUUGUUUGUGCAAAACGCAACCCAUCAGGAAAAAAAAAAUGAAAAAGAGGAAGAAAUGAAGACUCCCCCCCAGACUAACGUGACAAAGCGAGCGGUGACUUUGCAAGCAAUACAGAGGUGUCUUUCUCGAAGUCUCAACAGAAGUGUCGUCUUCAAAACCCCGCCCUGUACCGCCCUACCUUCAUCUUGGAUCCCUCCCCGAAACCCCUGGGCCCGCACGGCGUCAUCAAUGAGAGACAGAUACCCCCCCUUCCCAGCCGUCGCAUCCUCCCACCGAAAUUGUCGCCUUGCGCAAGACAGGAGCACCCUCCCCUGCUAGACAGUGGCACCGAGAAAGAAGUACACACAGACAGAACUCGAAGCGGCAGGGACACGACCAGGGGUUCUUGUCCCAGAAAAGUCAUCGUGGAAGCAGAGUGUGUUUGGAUUUCGCACAGGGGAAAGUUGUUGUUGUUGUUAGGAGAAGGUUCUGCUGGAAGGAUUUCUGGUGCGAGACUCAAAGAGCCACACAUCGUGGAACACAAAAUGGUAACCGAGAUGCGAAGCUGCCGCUUCGACGCCGGAACCCAUUCGAGAACUACCGACAGUCCUGGAACCUCCUCCAGUUCCUCGUCACCGGAAUACUCCGCUCAUGCACCACUCCAGUCCGUCCCGUAUCAUCGGCAACACGAAACCCGUUCUCCUCCCCUGCCCUACGACUCUCGGACACUGUCAUCACAGCAUCCGGAGAGCAGCUGGGGCAACCCCGACUUCCAGGACGAGGACACCUUGGGUGACAGGCAGGGUUCUGACGACCUCACUGACAGCGAUACGCCGUCUUACAGUGGGGGAAACGAUGAAGACGAACACGUGGAACACGUGCUUGCACCUGGACUCGAAGGGCAUCGGAGAUGCUUGGCUUGGGCUUGCAAAGCCUGCAAGAGGAAGUCAGUGACGGUGGAUAGAAGGAAAGCAGCUACGCUAAGAGAGAGGAGGAGGCUUAGGAAGGUGAAUGAAGCUUUCGAGACGCUGAAAAAGAGGACUUGCUCUAAUCCCAGCCAGCGGUUAGCAAAAGUGGAGAUCUUGAGGAAUGCCAUCGAAUACAUCGAAAGCCUGGAGGAGUUGCUGCAUGGUGCGAAAGGAAGGACUAUGGGGGAUGUCAGAGGAGACGGAAGGCCUGGAGAUUAUGCGUUGCAAGCCAGAAAGGACUGGGCCCUGUUCCACCAUCCUCGAUAUGCCAUUACCGUAAAGCCUCCUGCACCUAGCCCGAAAUGCGCGAAGAAGUAUUUCCAGCGAGAAAAAAAAGAUGAAACGCCGUCUAAUCUCACCGCCCCUGAGAGAUACACAAGGCGAAGAAUUUCAUGAAUCCCGUCCGUUCGUCAAAAGGAACAAAUCGGCCGUCAUGCUUUGAAUACGAGGACCACAGCUCUCCUAAAUUCUCCACAUGGUUACUAUGACGACAAUAGAAGACAUUCUUUUUUACGACAAUUACGACAAAUAAAUGGAUUCUAAUUAUAUACAGAGAGGGGAGGGGCAAGGAGGAAUCGUUGGACGUGCUUGACUUUGCUGCGCGUAAAAAUAAGUGUCGUCAAGCCGCAUGCAUUGGAAUUGGAAAUGAAAGAAAAAUAUGGAGAUGUUAGUCCCGACCUAGUCAGGACUGGCUACUCCAGUCCGCAUAGUGACUUUACGUUAUAGGUGUGUAUACGAUUUUGAACCAUGCAGUCUGAACGUUCGUCGACCUUCCAAAUGUAUACGAGAAGCUUUCCAGGACGGUGCCCUGUUAUGAAGCCUAGAACAUUGUAUGAACAAUACAACUAAUUGAUGCAUAACGUAUAGAUAACGUCGAAGGCAAUACUUCAGAGUGGUUUUGUGCAAUAAAGCUCGACUUUGAAUUACCGU